CAAUCAUAACUCAACCGUCGUGCGGUUCAGGUGCGCGUGUCCGCGAAUGCUCACUCUUCCGAUUCAAGCUCGACUUCAAAAAGCCAACGGUAGAUUUCGGGAAAUUCCAUCGUUCUGGUGUAGAGAGUGGCUUUCCAACAGUUGUGUGGAUAAUUGUGAAACAAAGUGUCGUGACCUUGCAUAAAACAUAAUUCAUUUUGAAAUCCAGCUGUGACAAAGGUCCACUUUAAUUACCUAUCCAAAAAGGUAAAAAAAAGAAAAACCCUCUGAAGAGAAAUCAACGCGCGGAUUUGUGUCAAAGUCGCAGUGGAGAGAGAGAGUGUGUGUGCUAAAAGGCAAUAAUACCAGAAACAACCGCAUUCAAACGGGAGGCCAACAGAAGAUCGCCGAACGAAAAAAAAAAGAGAAAAGAGUUUGCGGGCAACAUCAUCGACGGCCGCGCCACCACACCGCAGCAGCCGUUCGUCAUCACCGUGCUUCGCAUUGAAAGCGAAAGAAACCGCUCCGUCGUCGUGUGAAAGUCCGCGCGCGCGUGACCGCAGUUGGGGCUCGGGAAAGGUUCACCGUCUGUCUAGCUUCUACCAUCAGCGGACCAGCACCGCAUCAAAAUGGAUCGAUUCUUACGGUUUUUCAUCAAAUUUCAUGGCUACGCCAUCGCAAUGCUCAGCAUCUUGUUUGCCCUAGUCAGCGUGUUGUUCACUCGACUCAAUUAUCAAUACCCGUUAGAGGAGUGGUACAAUUUCCGCUUCUCUGGGAUCCCGAUGCUGAUUUUGGGAGCUGCAUGGAUCAUGGCCAGUCUCGUUCUCAUAAUCGGAGUGUUUAAGGAAUGCCCCAAGCUAAUCUACCCAUACGGAGCAGUGUUCGCGGUUGAGCUGGGAACGCUAAUAUUGCGGGAUGUCUACUUGCUGGUGGCUGGAAAGGACUGGGACGAGAUGGUUUUCAUCAAUAUCAGCGUCGUAUUGUUAUUAUUCAUCAUCCCGUACAUUGCACUGAGCUUGCUGGCCCUGCUCAAACUGAUCGAAGUGGAUCCCAUCAUGCCGAAAAGUCGCUCCGACAACUUCGUGCGAUUUGACAACACUCAAACCAACACGGAAGCAUAGAGCGGUAUCUGGAAAGUUUCGGAUUUCGGUCGGCGCGAAUUUCCAAAGGAUGAGAGCUGCUUCCAUCAACAACGUCGUCAUUCCGACGAUCAUUCAAGGUACAACAUCACAACACCAGUCGAGCAUCACACGGACGGCCAGCAUAGUCGACGAUCGCGCAAAUCAGCACCGAUCGGCUCCGAUUACGCGACCAUAAAUGCGCGCGCCCUCGUUCAACAGCAAGCCACUCGCUCGACCAACGCCGCCACAGCCGCCACCUUCUUUCGCAAAGUAUGUCUUUCCUCUUUCCAUGUUCGCAGGCUCGCUCACUUGCAUACCGCGCUGAGGGAAAGACGCACUCGCACAAUGCUACUUAGUUAAGAGAUUUUAAUUGUUUAUUGUUAGCUCUUUAUGUGUAACCGACGAGCUGAUGCGAUGUUACGCGAUGAUGCAUAUUACUGCUCCGCGCGCUCCAUGUUUCGAAGUUUCUUCUUCGCUAUUUUUUCCUCGCGAAAAAAGCCCCGGGGAGUCUUUCUGUCCAACUAGCACUUUUCCUCCUAUAAUGUAUUGGUAAUAACUUCGAAAAUUGGCACUCAACAAAUGAUGAUGGCUACGCUCCUCUAGCAGUAAGAUGAAUCAAAAGUGAAUCGAACGAAACAUACGACGCACUGACUGUUUUGCAUCCCUAAUUUUGCAUCUUAUUUAUUCUUAAUUUUAUGUCGACUGGAAACGUGUUUUACUCGUGUUUCAUACGUACUGACUAACUCUAGAUACUUUCUGUAAGUUUUAUUUUAAUCCUAAGCUAGAGCUGAAUGUUUUCGAGACGAUUUUACUGCCACUGGAUCGUAGUCACACGGACGUUCUAGGCGUUUACUGAAAAGAGGGUAUAACCUUUUUUUUGUUUACUUAUUCUUAAUCGCAUAUUACUACACAAGUAAAAAAUCAAAAAGUUUUAUUUCUCUAAUUUAGAUUUUAAUAUUAUUGACAGUAUUGGUAAUAAAUUGAAUGAUUGAAUUACA